CCUCUUACUAUAACGCACUCGUGAGUCUCGCGGUCUGAUUAGGAGUUCGUACUGAACUUGUCUUACACUUCGGAGGCGUUUCAUCCUCUUUAACAGCCUGUUCGUUUAACGUGUUUUCCUUUCUGUCGCCGUUUGAUUUUCAUUGUCUUCCUUUCUUUGUAAGUGUUGGUUGUGGUAAAAGCAAAGUCAGAUGCACUGGGGAUGUUUAGGCAGACUCUAAAUUGAAUUGGAUUUUACGGGCAACUCUUUAUUCUCAGAUGAACGAGUACGCGGACUCCUCUUCUCUUCUCGUCCCUAAAUCGAGAGGAGGGUUUUUUUUUAUGUUCCAGAUAGGCUACCCAGUUUCCUCGUGGAAUCCAACAUGGCUUGCCCACUGCAUGGAAAUUAAUUUUAACUCUGCCAUGUCAAAUUAAUUUAGUCGUUCAGUCAUAUCCAGAGCAGGAGUCACUUAUCAAGACUGUGAAAACCGGAUUGUUAGAUUUUUGGUGAAAUAAAUCAGCUACAGUAGUCUAUAUCACUGUGUGCAUGAACACAUCUCCCAUACAACUAUAGAUGAUCGGAACAGAAUAGAUAGGCAGCAGAUUAUAAUGGCAUUAAUGUAACCUUUUAAUGUAUCACUGUGGCUUAUGUUUGAUUACAGGCGACAUCAUGAGUGCGGCUUUUUAUUGAUUUAUUGUGCUGUUUCUUUUUAGUGGUUAUCGCCUACUUACAGUUCUUGAGCGUCAAAGUUGACUUGAGGAAAAAAAAGAAAAAGAAAUUUAAGACACAAUAACUAACACUUGUUUUAUUUCUGUGGCACUGAUUGGGUGCAGUGUUUAUGUAAAAGCGCCGCUAGGGUCUGCCGUGCCGCGGACAUGUCCGCCGGUUUACGGAGCAGAUGAGGCGGUCUCUAGCCUCAGUCUGGACUGGCCGUGCUGGCUGGAGCCAUAACCACCAGCCAAACAGGGGCUGGGGGUUUUUUUUAUAUGCUGUGGAGCCCAUCCCCACUGUGCCGCGACAUGCUACAUUAUGCGUUUCGCAGCCCACACAUAGCCUUGUUCCAGAAAACACAGCCGUCUUUAUCACAGAGCCAGGGAGAGAUGACAGCGAGGAGAGACGCUCCCCAGCCGCUCAGCAGCUCUCGCCUCCCGGAGAGGAAGGGAGCGGCGGGCCGGACGAAGGCUAACCCCGACUGGUUUUAUCCCUCCCCUCGACAGGAGCCGGAGAAAGGGCCGGCGUCCGCAGCGGGGAUCCAUGCCCAUGUGGUGGGGGCUGUCGCCGGCUCCGGUGGUGCGGACGAGUCCUCUGACAGCGAAGCAGAGCAGGAAGGCCCCCAGAAACUCAUCCGGAAAGUGUCCACCUCAGGACAGAUCAGGAGCAAGACGAGUAUAAAGGAGGGAUUGUUGCUGAAACAGACCAGCUCGUUCCAGAGAUGGAAAAAGCGAUACUUUAAACUGAGAGGCCGAACUCUCUACUACGCCAAAGAUGCUAAGUCUGGCAGUGCCCUGGCACGCUGGCAGGAGCGGGCGCUGCGCAGGGUGUCCAGGAGUCGCGUGUGCUGGCGAGUUCUGUCCGUGUGCUGGACCGGCGCACGACGCUCCCCCCCACCUCUGGGUGCCAGCGGAUCUGAGGAAGGCCUAGUGAGAAUUCGGUCCCUUAUCUUUGACGAGGUGGAUCUAUCGGAUGCAAGCGUCGCAGAGUCCAGCACAAAGAAUGUCAACAACAGCUUCACAGUGAUCACUCCGUUCCGUAGGCUCAUCCUCUGUGCCGAGAACAGGAAAGAGAUGGAGGACUGGAUCAGUUCGCUGAAGUCCGUCCAGUCCAGAGAGCAUUACGAGUGCUGCCAACCUGUUUUAACUCUCCUUUGCCAGACGGCACAGUUUAAUGUGGAACAUUUCUCAGGGAUGCACAACUGGUAUGCCUGCUCCCAUGCACGGCCCACCUUUUGCAACGUCUGUAAAGAUAGCUUGUCUGGGGUCACGUCUCACGGCCUUUCCUGCGAAGUGUGCAAAUUCAAAGCCCAUAAACGCUGUGCUGUCAGAGCCACCAACAACUGUAAAUGGACAACCCUAGCUUCCAUAGGGAAGGAUAUUAUUGAGGAUGAGGAUGGGAUUGCUAUGCCUCACCAGUGGUUGGAAGGCAACCUGCCUGUCAGUGCCAAGUGUGCCGUGUGUGAUAAGACAUGUGGCAGCGUACUGAGACUGCAGGACUGGCGGUGCCUCUGGUGCAAAGCUAUGGUGCACACAGCGUGUAUGGACCUGUACCCUCGCAAGUGUCCUCUUGGCCAGUGCAAAGUCUCCAUCAUUCCCCCUACAGCGCUCAACAGCAUCGACUCAGAUGGCUUCUGGAAGGCCACCUGUCCACCAUCAUGUGCCAGUCCCCUCCUGGUCUUUGUCAACUCCAAAAGUGGUGACAACCAGGGAGUGAAAUUCCUGCGACGCUUCAAGCAGCUCCUCAACCCGGCUCAAGUCUUUGACCUGGUCAACGGUGGGCCACACCUUGGUCUGCGUCUGUUUCAGAAGUUUGACAACUUCCGGAUCCUGGUGUGUGGAGGUGAUGGGAGUGUGGGCUGGGUCCUCUCAGAGAUUGAUAAACUCAAUCUUCACAAACAGUGCCAGCUGGGGGUGUUGCCCUUGGGCACGGGCAAUGAUCUGGCACGGGUGCUGGGCUGGGGCCCAUCGUGCGACGAUGACACCCAGCUGCCCCAGAUCCUGGAGAAGUUAGAGAGGGCCAGCACCAAGAUGCUGGACCGCUGGAGCAUCAUGACCUACGAGAUUAAGAUCCCACCCAAACACAGCUGCCCCACCACGCCCGAGGAAGCCGACAACUGCCAGUUUCACAUUUCAGCCUAUGAAGACUCAGUAGCGGCUCACCUCACAAAGAUCCUCAACUCUGAGCAGAACUCUGUGGUCAUCUCCUCUGCCAAGAUCCUGUGCGAAACAGUGAAGGAUUUUGUUGCCAAAGUGGGAAAAGCCUAUGAAAAAAGUACAGAGAACACUGAUGAGUGUGACACUAUGUCUCUCAAAUGUGCCAUCCUGAAUGAGAAACUGGACUCUCUCCUCCAGACCCUUAACACAGAGGACCAGGCUCUACCUCCACUUCCCCACUCCACUCCACCUAUUGUAGAGGAGGAGCAGGAGGAGGAGGAGGAGGAAGAGGAGGAGGCCAGUGAGGAGAGCCUGACAGAGCUGAAGGGGAAGCUGGAGGAGCAGGAGACGGAGAAAGGAGGAGGAGGUUCCCCACACCAGCUGUUCAAAAGCAGGGAGCAGCUGAUGCUCAGGGCCAACAGCCUGAAGAAAGCUGUGCGACAGAUCAUAGAACAGGCCGAGAGAGUGGUUGAUGAGCAGAACACCCAUACAGAGGAGACCGAGCUGCCUUCUCCCCUGGAGUUCAGGAAGGACAGCGAGGAGGAGAACAGAGACAGCGAGAAGGACGAGGACACCAAAGAACUGGAAGCAGUGCCAUCUGCUAAGAGUCCCUGUUCUCCAACGGAGAUGAGGGUGAGCCGCAGCACCCAGUCCUGUGGCUCCUUCACCAUCACCCCCUUCACCACCAGCAAGGAGAACCUCCCUGUGCUCAACACACGCAUCAUCUGCCCUGGCUUGCGGGCAGGUCUGGCUGCCUCCAUCGCUGGCAGCUCCAUCAUUAGCAAGAUGCUGCUGGCUAACAUCGACCCCUUUGGUGCCACACCCUUCAUCGACCCCGACCUCGACUCACUAGAGGGCUACAUGGAGAAGUGUGUGAUGAACAACUACUUUGGCAUCGGCCUGGAUGCCAAGAUCUCCCUGGAGUUCAACAACAAGCGAGAGGAGCAUCCAGAGAAAUGCAGGAGUCGCACCAAGAACAUGAUGUGGUAUGGUGUUUUGGGCACAAAGGAGCUUCUGCAGAGAACCUACAAGAACCUGGAGCAGAAGGUCCAGCUAGAGUGUGACGGCCAGUACAUCCCACUGCCAAGCCUUCAGGGGAUCGCAGUGUUAAACAUUCCUAGCUACGCAGGCGGGACCAACUUCUGGGGAGGCACCAAAGAGGAUGAUAUCUUCUGCGCCCCGUCAUUUGAUGAUAAGAUCCUGGAAGUUGUGGCUGUGUUUGGGAGCAUGCAGAUGGCUGUGUCCAGAGUCAUCAAACUGCAACACCACCGCAUAGCACAGUGUCGAACAGUGAAGAUUACGAUCCUGGGCGACGAGGGGGUUCCCAUUCAGGUGGACGGUGAGGCCUGGAUCCAACCGCCUGGAGUCAUCAAGAUCCAGCACAAGAACAGAGCUCAGAUGCUCACCAGAGACCGGGCGUUUGAGAACACAUUGAAGUCAUGGGAGGACAAGUUGAAGUAUGAUAAGCUUCCUUUGCGGCCUCACCUCUACCCACAGCAGUCUGUGGAUCUGGCUACAGAGGAGGAGGCCGCCCUGGUGCAGAUGUGCGCUCGAGCUGCAGAGGAGCUCAUUACAAGGAUAUGUGAGGCUGCGAAGACCAAUGGGCUUUUAGAGCAGGAGCUGGCUCAUGCUGUUAAUGCCUCAUCUCACGCCAUCAACAAAACACACCCGAAGUUCCCAGAGAGUCUGACCAGAAACACAGCGAUAGAGGUGGCCAGCACUGUCAAGGCUCUGUACAACGAGACAGAGUCUCUUCUGUUGGGCCGAGUCUCUCUGCAACUGGAUCCGCCAGAGGAGGAGCAGCUGUCCAGUGCUCUGCAGAGUGCGGAGUUGGAACUGGGCAAACUGGGAGAGAUCCCCUGGCUCUACCAUAUACUGCAGCCCAAUGAUGAGGAGGUUGACUGUGCUUAUGUACCAGGACCACACUCUGGGUUACGGCAAGAGGAACAGUCGCAGCAGCAUGUUUCGCAUAGUGCCCAAGUUCAAGAAGGAGAAGGCCACAAAGAAGAUGAGCCCUCAGUCAGUGGAGAGAUGGGGCACAGAGGAGGUGGGUGUCUGGCUGGAACAGCUGAGCCUGGGGGAGUACAGAGACACCUUCAUCCGACACGACAUCAGAGGUUCGGAGCUACUGCACCUGGAGAGGAGGGACCUGAAGGAUCUGGGGAUAUCGAAAGUGGGUCAUAUGAAGAGAAUUCUCCAGGGAACUAAGGACCUGGCCAAGGCAUCCAUGGUUGACCUCUAACCCGGACGCAGACGCUACCGGAGAGAGGGGAAACAAACAUUCCCCCUACAUCAGUGGAAGAGUUUGGGAGCACCAUAGGCGGUGAAGGAUAUGAUAGUUAUUCAAGGAGAGCUGGAUUUUAUCCCUCUGCUGAGAAAGCCUUUGUGAUGUUGUUAACAAGAUACAUUAGUGUGUGUGUUUGUGCUUUGGUGCCAAAAUGGCAGUUGAGAAAGCUGAUAGAAGAGCAAAAGGAAGUCAUGGAUCCUCACAAAAAAAAAAGCCAUUUCUAAGUUAAUAACCAUUCAUAGCACACAAUCAGGUAUGCAACUAACCAUACUGUUGACAGUGGACUUGUUGUCUAGAUUGUGAUAACAAACUAGUAGCAAAACCAGGAUUUACAUGAGUGUGGGAUUAAGUUUCAGAGUUCAGUGCGGCAGCGUGUAAAAAUGUGAUGUUUGCUGGAUCUCUGCCUCACAUCACAGAGCUGCAGAAGCGUUAAAGCAACCUUCGGGGUUUAGCAGCGCUGCUGUUCAGUGGAGACAGAGAAGAUACACUCACAUCAUCACAUCACAGUCUAGGUGGUAAUCUGGAAGGUAUGGUGUCUGAAAACUGACAGUGGGAUACUGUCGCAUGCUAUGCUUGCUCAACUUUAAAUAUGUUUAAUUGCAUGAUUAGUGUCUUGAUUUUUUUGCGUGCAAAAUAACACUUGAACAAGUUUUACAUGACUUAAGUAUUACGAUGCCAUUUGUUACUACUGAAAGCAUCCUUUUGGCCUAAGUCAAACUUUUUUCCUAGCUUUAAUUUUAAAUUAUUUAGUUUGCAUGAUAAUGAUGUGUCAAAGAUUUGUGCCAUAUUUUCAGUCAUUUAGUGUAAAAUGUGCUUUAUUGAUAGAAAUCAUAAGAAGUUUUAAAAAAGCUGUUGAUGAGGUAUGAAUAUAUGGAAUUGAUAUCUGUAAGUUGACACGUUCUCUGUGGAUGUGAAAAUCAGUACCAAAGUGAAUGUCUAAGAAAACAUGAUCAUCUGAUGACUUUGUUCAGAGCUCACGUCUUAAUUUAAUAGGCCAGUUAGGUCUUAGGUCUUGAUUCCAUUUAAGGUGGGAAAAAGGUUAGUAUUAGUCAGGAAGAAAGUAAAAUUGUUGGUCUGAAGCCAACCACAUAUACUGUAGGGUAGGAAUACUUAAAAGGCACUUUUUACUUCUUGCUUUAUGCAAGUGCAAAUCCUCAUAUCAUUACAUAGAAUUAACGGUUCACCUCAACUUUUUAACUUUUGGCAAUUUAACACAGUAUUUAACACUAAUGAGAAUAGGAGUUAGAUAUCGGUUUUGAAUAUUUAAUAGAGCAGUUGAUCUGCGGCCUGCAUAGCAUUGUUCAAGCGCAGCUUUUUUUUCCCUUUUAAAUUACAAGUGAGAUGUUGAUAGAACAUUACUUUUACUUGUUAGUUUCUUUUAAGACUGGUGGCAUUACAGGGUAUAUUUCUAAAUGUGAUGCUAACUUUGUGUGUGUAUAUAUAUAUAUAUAUAUAUAUAUAUAUAUAUAUAUAUAUAUAUAUAUAUAUAUAUAUGCACUGUAUAUACAGUAUACCAGUGUAUGCAAACAAUGUUUGUAAGUGUUGUAGUCUAAUGUAUUUGUAGAUUGCUGACAUGGCAUGCAUUGUCAACAGCUUACACAUUUGAUAGUGUAUAUUACACCAUAACAAUUGUGUAUUGUUGAAUCUCUUGUACAUGAUAAUGCUGUUGUAUUCUAAUGAUGGUGCAAUAUUUUAUCUCUUGUUUUGAUACUGUCUCUGCAGCUUUCCGACAUAAUUCUCAGUGGGGGGAAAACCUUGAAAGAGUUUUUUUGUACAUGUACUCCUCCUCAAGGUUUGGGGAUUAGAUUUUAAAAGGUAGACCCGUAGACAGACUGCUUUUUCUUACGGACUCCAAAUUUCUUCCAGCGGUUCACUAGUUUGUAGUUUUGCUCCUUUGUGCUUCCAAGAUGAUACACUAAAGUAGGACUGUGUCAAUGAAUGAGUAGAAUGGGCAGACAUGACUGUUGUGUUAAUAUGUAAUAUGUGUUUGGGUGUGUCUACUACAACAGUGGCAUAUUGUACCUUAUCAGCAACUGUAUACUUACCAUUGCCAACCAAUUUUAUCAUGUAAUAUCAACGCUGAUAAAUUAGUUUUCCCCCUUUGGAGAAUAAUUUGUUGCUUCUAUGUUGGUGUUAAUUCUGCCUUUUUGCCUCUCGGAGUAAAGUGUCUUUUGUUAAGAAUUUGUUUAAAAACCUACUUUUUUUUUUUAAUUAAAUAUCGAGUGCUAAAAUUUAAGAAGGCCACUAAUUUAAUUUAAUCAGCAUCCAUUAAAGUAUCCUAAAUAAUAAUAAAAUAUGAGUGAAUCAGGGGCUGAUGAUUGACAGUAGUCAUGUAUUGUCUCAAAUAUCCCACCAGAGGGCGAUCUAUUACAUCUCGCCUCUCCACAGUCCCUGAGUCACAUUGACAAACAGCACGAUUUUACAGUUCCUUUUGCCGACAAUCAGUUGUCAGACUACUGUGUUCAGUAUGCUGUAGUGUUGCUCAUUGGCAUGCAGAAGCGAAUAAGCCUAUAAAUCAAGUUCUAAUCCAAGAUAAAUUACGUGUCAUCGUUCAUCCUGCAACUCAUAGCCAAAGAUAGCCCAUUUUAUUGCACAUCUGUCUGACUGAAGAUCAUUUAGUCUCAUGAACAGAGCUCUGCCUUUUAUUCAUUUAGUAUAUCAGAUUCAUUGUUAACUAUCUGAUGACAGUUGGCCUUUUUCUAACCAGAAACUCUGGAUAUAGGAUUUGUCUAAGUUGAAGCCUUUCUGUUAGUAUGUGCUUUAAAUGGAGCAAUAUAGUAGAACUGCUGUACGCUGCCUUGUUCCUGCUCAUUAAGAUUGGCCUCACAUCCAUUUAAUCUUCAUCAUGUCAGUCACCAAACUGAAUCCACUAAUACUGUUGCAGUUCCUGAACAGUGUCUGUCUAUGUUUAUGUUCUCUGUGUGUCCAAAGUGUCCGCCUGCGUUCUCUAAAUCUCAAGUGUUUUGGUUCCAGGCGAGAGAAUGCUUGACCUUUCCAUACAAAGUGGAAGUAGCCACCUUUCUCCCUUGCUGUGUUUUCCAGUGGUCUGUAAAUAAUGCUGCAAACUGCCUGGUUUUUUUUUUUUUUCAAAAACCAACAAAACCCAUGCAAGGAUCUCUAAAAGACAGGAUGAGAUAUAGUCUUUGACAUGGUUCGCAACGUGAUGGGAGAAAAGUGAGUUUCAUUUGUUUACAUUAUGUUUACAAUGGCACAGUUUUAAUUUUUAAGAAUAUAUAUGUAGGUAUAAACAAUAUUUGCAUAUUUAUUGCCUAAGGUUAAAUGAUAUGAUGUGUAUUGUGUUUUCACAUUUGGAAUAUAAUGUUACAGUUGUCACCUGUAUUACUAUCUGGAUGAUUUUGGUAAAGUAGUUGAUAAUUUUUAUGACUACUAAGUGACUGUUUUCUGUGCCUUUUUAUGGUUAGAAUGCAUGGUUAACUAUUUAUUACAAUUUGGAGUCACUGAGAUGUGUAUUUUUGUAUUCUGAAUAAAUAAAUGGUCCAGCUUUUGUUGUACAUUUUUAAGGUGCCUUAAAAUAGGCUACCUAUUCAUAUCUCUCUUCUUCAAUAAAACCAAAUACAUAUGCA